GCGGAGCUCCAGAUUGGCGUCCUCCACAGAGUGCCACCGGAGGAGUGCACAAAGAAGACCGCGCCUGGUGACCAGGUCAAGAUGCAUUACACGGGGAGAUUGUUCGACACACAGGAAGUGUUCGACUCGUCCGUCGAGCGCGACCAGCCACUGAAGUUCGUGCUCGGCGUGGGACACGUGAUCAAGGGCUGGGACCAGGGACUGAUGGACAUGUGUGUUGGAGAGAAACGGCGGCUCACGAUUCCGCCGGAGCUGGCGUACGGCAAGCGUGGGGCGGGAGCCGUGAUUCCACCGGACGCCACUUUGGUGUUUGACACGGAACUUCUGGAGAUUGUGUCG